UGAUCAUACAGUAGUAUGUUUUACCAAAACCAUCGCCGUUUAGUUCAUUUAUUAGGUUUCUGUUUGGUCAACAAGUGACGCAUGCUAAUUAAAAGUUGAAGAGAUCCACUAACUGAGUGGUGUGGAGCCGGUCUGAGAUGGCAGACGCAUCAGAGCGAGGUUUAGAGGCGGAGCCUCUGAAGGGGGAAGUGGCAGAAGGGGGCGUGUCUAAGGAGAAAAGCUGCAAAGAGAAGCUUGGCAUGUCAAAACUGUUGGGCUGGCGCACAGCUGCAUUCCUCCUCUCUCUCUUCCUGUGCCUGGUGGUUGUUUUUGCCUUUUCAUUCAUCCUUCCCUGUCCCGUACGGCCGCAGUACCUGUCCACCUGGAACCACACGCUACCUGAUGCAGCCACGUAUGAUUUCCUGGCUGUUGAGGACGCCAAUGAAGACAAAGCCUUGGAUGUGUUCUUCAUCUACAAGGAUGCUGAAGCCAGCCGUAACACAUGUCUGAGUCAAAAUUUAUCAAUCCCGUGUCUGGUUUUAACGGCUGUUGAUGGCACCGAUGGGAAGACACUUUGGGAACGACCUCUAGAUGCCGAAUUGGAUUGGCUGGAGUGUGGUGUAAAGGGGCUUGGACUUCAAAGAACAGGCUGUCUGGUGGCUCACGCGGACAAUCUCACAGCUAUCGAUAAAAAGACAGGUGAGGUCAGGUGGCAGCGCUCGCGUUCCACUGUUCUGAAUGGAAAUCUCCCACUCAUCAGUUUUCCGGAUCUGAAUGGUGAUAAAGCAGAGGACUUUGCCAUACUUUCAUAUAAUCCUGAAGCGCCAUCAUUCACAUCCAUACCACUGGUGUUUUUCUCAGGGGAGUCCGGGGAACAGAUCGGCUCAGUGGAUGUUGAUGGGAACGGGGUGUUUGGUCACCAGCAGUUCAAAACAGCCAGUGGUGCUUCAUACCUGCUGUUACUCUCAAAAUCUGGGCUCUACGCCGUCAGUCUGCGACGUCUGGCAUCUCUGGCCAAACUGGAGUCUGCACUGAAGGAUGAGAAAAGCUGGGAGGAAAAAUCGGACACACAUACUGGAUUGAUCUCCCUCUAUCAGUUUGAUUCUCUGAAGCGUGUGAUGGUUGUUCCUGGCAGUAGUUCUCCAUCGCUGCUGGUCCAGACGGAGUCCAGCGUGUCUCUGCUGAACACAGACAAACUGAAGAUCGCAUGGAGCACCAACACCAGCGCUCUGCUCAGUGUGCCAACAUUUGGGCAAUUCGACAAAGAUGGAAUUCCAGACAUCAUGAUAGAGGAAGACAUCGGCAAUAAAACCAAAAGAGUCUUGGUUCUCAGUGGAAGCUCUGGAGUCGUCCUGUGGCAGAUGAAUCUGUUGUUCUGGACUCCGAAUCCUCGUCCCGCGUCUGUCCUCACAUUGAACACUUACUCGGUGUUCAUGCUCUGGGGACAGAGUCAAGGCAACCAGACCAAUGAGAUGCAUUCAUCAUUCCUGCUGCAUCCUCGAAAUUCCCAACUCCUGCUUGAAAAAAGACAUCCUGUACAGAACAUCAUCUCUUUUAAGGCGAUAUUGUUGGAGCGAGGACGUCACGCCUGUUACCUCGUUCUGACGGGACCAGAUGGACGGAGGCAUGUAGGACCAGACGAGACGGAGACGGUCAUUCUGACCAAGCACAAGAUCAAGGAUGACGUGUCGGAGAGCAUUGCUCUGAGAGUGUCAGCUGAUGAAUACAUCUCUGAAGAGGAAGUGAAGCAGGAGUUCCACAGGCUGCGCUUCAGCGAUAAACUUCUCUGAAACACAGUUUAUAUUCAAACACUCAUUUUCAACCCUAAGGUCAUAUAGGCCACAAAAAAGAAACAGUGGCUGUGUGUAGAAUUUGAAAUCCAAAUCAUCCACAUGUAUCUGUUAAUUAGAUUUAGUUAAAGCUGCUUGAGAACGAUGUCAUAAAACCUAAAAUGUCUUUAUCGGAAACCAAACCAAAUCAUAUCAACUUCAUUUAGAAGUUAUACACUUGCUGCAUUAUUUCAUGACAAUCAUAAACUACUGUAAAUCAUUUCAGAUGAUUUUUACAAAAGGCCAGGGACUAUCAGGGACUACAUAUAUAUAUUUAUAAUGAUCAGGGAUUUCAUAUAAAGGUGAAUCUCGUGGAGAACAAUAUGGGUCAUGACAAAAAUAAAUAAAUAAAUGAGUAGUUUACCCAAAAAUGAACAUUUGAUGAAAAUGUGCUCACCCUUAGGAUAUUCAAGAUGUAGAUGAGUUUGUUUUUUCAAAUUUGUUGAAUCUAUAUCUUUGAUAGACUAAAGAGGAGUAUGUUUUCAGCUAAUUAAAUUUUUUUUUUUUUAGGUGAACUAUUCCUUUAAAUGUCAUAAAAGUAAUGCCACGAUCUAAAAAUUUAAUAAUCCUAAAAAUGGUUUUAAUUUUCUUUUGCAAAAUCUAAUUUAUUUAUUUUUUUCCAUCGGAUUUUGGUAUGAAAUAGACGUGGACAUGAGUUUCAUGAGAUUCGUGUUUGUAUCAUUGUGCGGUUUUCACUGGAUUCUGCUGUAGGGGAGUGAAGCCAAAAAUACUACAAAUUUAACUGCAUUUUACAGCAACAAAACCUAGAAAACUAAUGCAUAUUGUAUAUUUGCGGCGCAGUGUCUCAGGGCUUUGUUUGUUGGGAUGGAGACGCUGUGUCUCUUUAAAUUCAUUGCUUGAAGAGUUUGGGUGAGUCAAAACAAAGUGAUUGUAAGUGUUCUGCUGUUUCAUGCUGCUGUUGUUAAAGAUGCACCUUCACGUCAUUCACUGUGAUGUUUUUAUAGCAGGGAGGACUAUUAUCACUUAGUGCUGUACAUUAAGUGCCUUAAACAGGGACCUAAAAUCACUGUUGUGAGUAAUAUACUGUGGCUUUUAAUCAUAUCUACAAAAUGUGGGUUUCAUUUAAAGCGGGGCUGUGGAUGUUCGAACCAAUUAGCAGAACUGUACCUUUAGUUUACUGUAGCUUUGUGUCAUCUUCAGUUUUCUGUGCAUCCUCUAGAUCAGGACGAUCAGCUGCACCAAAACAACAUGACUCUGCAUCUGAAGAAGCCAAAUGAAACACUGCGGAUUCUGUUACAGGUGUAGGAGAUGAACAUGUUUAAAAUAAAUCAGCUUACUUUGAUGCUCUGUAGUUAUAGCCAGAGGUUUAUUAUUUUUAACUGGUUUAGUUGGUUUUGGAAACCUGUAGAACAGGUCGGAAAUUUAGCUUGUGCCAUUUUCUGUCUUUAUUUGAGAAAACUCUAAAUGAUUGAAUUGUUAUACUGUGUAAUAAAUACUGUAGAAUGCAUUCAA